AUGGAAGGAGUCAACUGGACAUCCAGGAAAGAGUUUGUUCUGCUGGGAUUUUCAGAUUACCCAAAGACUGAAAUGCUCAUCUUUAUUUUAUGUCUAAUAAUGUACCUGGUGAUUCUAAUGGGAAAUAGUAUUAUAAUUGUUCUGACUAUCCUAGAUUGUCACCUUCACACACCAAUGUACUUUUUCCUCAGUAAUCUCUCCUUCUUAGAUAUCUGUUUUACAUCUUUUUUUGUCCCUAAAAUGUUGACCAACUUCUUAUCAGAAAACAAAACCAUCUCAUUCUAUGGGUGUAUGAUCCAAAUGUAUAUCACCUUGUCCAUGGGCUCCACAGAAUGUGUGCUUCUUGCUACAAUGGCCUAUGACAGGUAUGUGGCCAUCUGUAAUCCUCUCAGAUAUCCUAUAAUCAUGAAUAAGAGACUCUGUGUGCAACUAGUGAUUACUUCCUGGGUGAUAGGCUUUCUCGAUUCAGCUAUGGAAACAGCUCUUGUAAUUGGACUGCCCUUUUGUGGGAAAAACAUAAUUAAUCAUUUUGUUUGUGAACUCUUAGCCAUCCUAAAGCUCGUCUGUGUGGACAUUUCCUUGAAUGAGAUUAUUUUGUUAAUAGAUAGCAUGACAUUUGCAUUCUCCCCAUUAUUGUUAAUUAUUACCUCCUAUAUUUUUAUUCUCUCUGCAAUCCUGAGAAUUAAUUCUGCAGAAGGGAGGAAAAAAGCCUUUUCUACUUGUUCAUCACAUUUGACUGUGGUGACUGUGUUUUAUGGGACAAUUCUCUUCAUUUAUAUGAAGCCCAGGUCCAAAAAUUCAAUUGCAGACAAAUUUAUAACAUUAUUCUAUUCAGUGAUGACCCCCAUGCUGAACCCCAUCAUCUAUACCCUGAGGAACAAGGAAGUGAAUAGAGCUAUGAGAAAUGUGCUAAAAAGACUAACAUUCGUGAGGGGCCUAUGAGAUGAUCUGGGCUGGUAACUAUUCCCCUUCCAAUCUUGACUCUGACAUGAGCAAGGUGGAAUUUGAGUUAUUUUAUUUGGAUGUCUUCAGUCUUGUCUAUUUUUAUGUUUUUUUUAAAAGAGCGUCAAAUAUAGAAAUAACAAAUUCCCAGAGCUGAACCAUCACUGUAUAAUUUUAUGUGAAUUUCUGAUGACAUAUUUCCCAUGACACCUGAACGUUUUCCGAAAAAAGCAGUUCCAAAAUUUAAAAAGAAUGGUUCCUUAGCUUUCCUACCUGCCUCUGCCCAAAUUCAAUGAUUUCUUGCCCAUUUUAAUGCCUUUGGGGGAGAUUUGCUCUGAUUCAGCAUUUCACCAAUACCUUGAUAUCUCCUGGUGCCCUCCCUCAUAAUGUUAUCAAAAUUUUUGCUCCAGACAAUGUACCAAGUUUGGAUGAAAUAAAAACCAUUUCCCCCAUUUUAUGUUCUGGAGGAUAUGAAUUCUCUUUUCAAUGCUAUAUCAGGGGAUAAAGAUUUUUUUCCUAUUAGGUCCUGGACCCUUUUAAAGAGAAUGAAAGAGACUGGUUGAAGUUAGCAAAAGACAGCCUAUAAAAAGAAUUAACCCUAUGGCCAGGAUAAAGAAUGUGAUCUAAGUAAAGAUAUCAAUGGGUCAAUAGAAAGGCAGGAUAAGGUCAAAACAAAAUGUUUCCCAAGGCAACAAAUCUAUAGGUCUAAGGGGGAUUCUAGGAACUAUGCCUGAUAGUGAAUAAAAGAUCCAAAGUGGGGGAAAAGAAAGAUAUUCACCCAAAACAAGACUAGGGAAGUACCAAGUAGAAUUGACAGUUGAAAAUUUUUCUCUUGCACAGUAUCACCUCAAUAUUAUCUUUUCAUCAGCUGGUGAAUUUUCAUCACUUAUCGGGUUCCAUUCAGCCACGGACCCAGACAAAUGCCAUUGAUCAGCCCACCUGCAAUCUUUAUUAAGUGUCUGCUAUGGACUGGAGAUUGGGUUAUGCACUAGAAUAUUAAAAUAAGAAGAAAACCCUCGUUGCAAGGUAUCCAUGUUCUAUGGGGAAGGUAAUGUAUCCAUAAAAGUAUAUAAAAUAUGAAUAAAAGACCUUUUAGUUACCUUGCUUGUAUGCCUGUGACAUUUUUUAUUCUGUUUUUUAAAAAAAUUGGGGGGAAUUUCUAGAAACUGACAAAUUCAUCAUUUAGAGACCACUACCUAUUAGUGGAGAGUAGCAAAAUGGGGAAGUGGAUAGAGUCUUGGACCUGGAAGAGGAGGACCAGAGUUCAAAUAUGACCUCAAACACUUACCAAAUGUAAAACUUUGGGCAAGCUAUUUAACCCUUCCCAGUAUAAACCUGGAGAGAAAUGGUGAAACACUUCAAUCCCUUUAUCAAGAAAACCCCAUGGACUGUAGGUCUAUUGGGUAAUGAAGGGCAAUAUAAGACUGAAUGACAGAACCAUGGAUCAACAACAGCAGAGUAGAGUAAGGACCAUUCAUGGCAAUGCAAUCAUAUUACACAUAUGUGUGUCUACAUAUAUAUAUAUAUAUAUAUUUACACAUAUAAUAUCUCAGAUGAGCACCUCAAAUGUCUCAGUAUAUCACAGUUUUUUUACCUCUAUAACCUAUAUGUGGUAGUAUACAUUAUAUGUUGUCAUGUCAUGAUAAAAAAGAUCACUUCUUGCUCAAAUCAGACCAGUAGGAAUUUAUUAAAGGAAACUAGAAGAUACAGAUACAAAUAUAUCCAGGAUGAUAAGUCUUCCAGAAUACAGCCCAAGUUUUUAGGGUGUGAAGAUGGCUUAAAAACCCUGUUAGAAUUCCAACUAGCUUCUCUUAGUCAUAUCCAUCAAAAGAGUUAAACUACAAUUCACAAAA